AUGUCUGGGAUCGUGUUGUACCGUUGUGACUGGCCGGAAUGGAGCAGCAGUGAGGAGAAAAUCCUGACGUACUCUGCUGGUCCUCUUCGGGAUGGCCAUCAUGGGCGGGAAGCUGGCGAUGGGGGCACUGGCAGGACCACACGCUCUUCAGUUGUUGUUAUAGCGCGUUGCUUUUUUCCCCAGAACACGCUCACUGCAGAUGACCAUUCUCCUGAAGACAGCUUCACCCUGAAUCCCGAGGACAGAAGAGAGUACCCUGACCUCCAGGCUGCCCACCGGCCGUUCCCUAAGCAGCGAUUCAGGCAGGAGAACGGGCAUACAUCCUUGCAAAGAGAUGGACCCAGAUCUUUCCUCCUGGAUCUCCCAAACUUCCCCGACCUAUCAAAAGCAGAUAUCAAUGGGCAGAAUCCCAACAUUCAGGUUACCAUUGAAGUGGUGGAUGGCCCCGACACCGACACAGACAAGGAGCUGCAGAAAGAGAGCAGCAAGCCUAGCUGGCCAGUGCCAUCGCCUGACUGGAGAAACUGGUGGCAGAGGUCCUCCACCUUGACUCGCAUGAGCAGCGGUGACCAGGACUACAAGUAUGACAGCACUACUGAGGACAGCAACUUCCUAAACCCUCUCGGUGGGUGGGAUAGUCGUGCACCCGGUCACCGGGCAUUUGAGUCCAAGGAGCAGCCAGAGUAUGAUUAUAUUGACGGUGAGGGAGACUGGAGUCCGUGGUCCCUCUGUAGCGUCACCUGCGGGAGUGGCAAUCAGAAGCGGACGAGGUCCUGCGGGUACGCCUGCACCGCCACCGAGUCGCGGACCUGCGACAGGCCCAACUGCCCAGGGAUCGAGGAUACCUUCCGGACAGCUGCCACAGAAGUCAGCUUACUGGCAGGAAGUGAAGACUUCAACGCUACCAAACUGUUUGAAGUUGAUACUGAUAGCUGUGAAAGAUGGAUGAGCUGCAAAAGUGAGUUCUUGAAGAAAUAUAUGCACAAAGUGGUCAAUGAUCUUCCCAGCUGCCCAUGCUCCUACCCCAGAGAAGUAGCAUACAGCACUGCUGAAAUCUAUGAUCGAAUUAAGAGGAAAAACUUCCGCUGGAAAGAUGCAAGCGGUCCAAAGGAAAAACUGGAGAUCUAUAAGCCCACUGCACGGUACUGCAUCCGCUCCAUGCUCUCUUUGGAAAGCACAACGCUUGCAGCACAGCACUGCUGCUAUGAUGAUAACAUGCAGCUGAUUACCAGAGGGAAAGGGGCGGGUACGCCAAACCUGAUCAGCAUCGAAUUCUCAGCAGAACUCCAUUACAAAGUGGACAUUCUGCCUUGGAUUAUAUGCAAAGGUGACUGGAGCCGAUACAAUGAAGCGCGGCCUCCAAACAAUGGGCAGAAGUGUACAGAAAACCCUUCAGACGAAGACUACUACAAGCAAUUUCAAGAAGCAAGGGAAUACUGAGAAGAUUUUUCCUCCUCUUCAGACACAAAAUAGCAUUUGUUUCCUGGAUGCCAAAGAACUGAUACCAGCUGCUGCAUUGUCUCCUUGACAGGGGUUGACCAGUUUCUUUCUAAUGAAUGUAUAUAGUUGUAAUAUAAUACAUAAGUAUUUUU